UCUCGCGCUAAAACAUCUUAAACCCUAAACCCUCACUCGGUUCUCUCUCUCUCUCAAAUUUUCUCUCUCCUCGCCAUGGCUUCCCUGGCGAGCAGAAGGAACCCUCUCCUUACAUCCUUACCUUACAUUCUCACAUGGAGGAAAUUCGGCUUCCGCACCAUUUGCAGUGGUCGCAUCGGCUUUGCUCCGUCGCCGUCGCUGUCGCUGUCGCCGUCCGAUUACGAAACCUCCGUUGCCGGCACGAAGGUUCUGGAAACAUUCACAGAAGAAUUCGAAAUCGGAUCACGGAGAUUUUCGUUAGAGACAGGAAAGAUCGCCCGAUUUGCUAACGGUGCAGUUGUUCUAGCCAUUGAAGAGACCAAAGUCCUCUCCACCGUUGCUUCAUCUAAAGGCGACUCCGUUCGCGACUUCUUACCCCUCACUGUUGAUUAUCAAGAGAAACAAUUUGCACAAGGUGUGAUUCCCAACACAUUCAUGCGAAGGGAGGGUGCUCCAAAAGAACGUGAGCUUUUAUGUGGUCGUAUCAUUGAUCGACCUAUACGACCACUUUUUCCUGCUGGAUUCUACCAUGAAGUCCAGGUAAUGGCAAGUGUUCUUUCUUCUGAUGGGAAGCAGGAUCCAGAUAUAAUGGCAGCUAAUGCAACAUCUGCCGCUCUUAUGUUAUCAGAUAUUCCUUGGGGUGGCCCCAUUGGAAUGAUUCGUAUUGGAAGGAUUUCCGGGAAAUUUAUUGUUAAUCCAAGCAUGGAUGAGCUCAACUUAAGUGAUCUCAACUUGGUUUAUGCCUGCACAAAGGAUAAAACUUUGAUGAUAGAUGUGCAAGCUCGUCAGAUUUCAGAAAGAGAUCUGGAAGCUGCCUUAAGGCUGGCUCAUCCUGAGGCAGUUAAAUAUCUUGAGCCUCAAAUCAGACUGGCGGCCAAAGCUGGUAAGCAGAAGAAGGAAUAUAAAUUGUCUAUGGUGUCAGAGAGGACAUUGGACAAAAUCAGGAACUUGGCUGAAGCACCUAUUGAAGCUGUCUUUACUGAUCCUACGUAUGGCAAGUUUGAACGUGGAGAGGCUUUAGAUAAGAUCACACAGGAUGUAAAAAGGGCACUUGAGGAAGAGUGUGAUGAAGAAAGCUUAAAAUUUGUAUCCAAGACCGUUGACACAGUACGGAAAGAGGUUGUUCGCAGAAGGAUUAUUGAUGAAGGACUGAGGGUUGAUGGGAGAUGUCUUGACAAUGUUAGGCCUUUAUUUUGUGAAGCUGGUAAUCUACCUCAAUUGCAUGGAUCAUCACUUUUUUCACGCGGAGAUACUCAGGUUCUUUGUACUGUGACCCUUGGAGCACCUGGAGAUGCUCAACGUUUGGAGUCCCUGGUUGGUCCCUCAACGAAGCGUUUCAUGCUUCAUUAUAGCUUUCCACCAUUCUGUAUUAAUGAAGUGGGUAAAAGAGGUGGCCUGAAUAGGCGUGAAGUUGGACAUGGCACCCUUGCUGAGAAAGCACUGCUUGCUGUCUUACCUCCUGAAGAGGAUUUAAAAUACACAAUUCGUGUUAAUUCAGAAGUCAUGGCAUCUGAUGGUUCAACGUCAAUGGCAACUGUCUGUGGAGGUAGCAUGGCUUUGAUGGAUGCGGGAAUUCCAUUAAGAGAGCAUGUAGCAGGUGUGUCAGUAGGCCUUGUGAGUGAUGUUGACCCAUCAACUGGCACAAUCAAGGAUUACCGCAUACUGACUGAUAUUCUGGGCCUGGAAGAUCAUCUGGGAGACAUGGACUUUAAAAUUGCAGGCACACGGAAUGGAGUAACAGCAAUACAAUUGGAUAUAAAGCCUGCCGGAAUUCCUCUAGAUAUUAUAUGUGAGAGUUUGGAACCUGCAUUUAAAGCUCGGCUUCAGAUACUUGACCACAUGGAGCGAGAGAUAAAUGCCCCACGUACUCAGGAUGAAAGAAAUUCUCCUCGAAUAGUUAGCUUAAAGUACAGCAAUGAAUCUCUUCGCCGCUUGAUCGGGCCUCUUGGUGCCUUAAAGAGAAAAUUUGAGGAAGAAACAGGUGCACGGAUCUCUGUGAGCGAUGGAACACUUACUAUAGUUGCUAAGAACCAUUCUGUACUGGAAAAAGUAUUAGAAAAGGUUGAUUUUAUAAUUGGUCGUGAUAUUGAAGUUGGAGGGAUUUAUAAAGGUACCGUAACAUCGAUCAAAGAAUAUGGUGCUUUUGUGGAGUUUAAUGGUGGCCAACAAGGCCUCUUACACAUUUCUGAAUUGUCACAUGAACCGGUUUCCCGAAUAGCUGAUGUGGUAUCUAUUGGCCAGCAACUUUCCUUAAAGUGCAUAGGGCAGGAUCUUCGUGGCAACGUCAAAUUAUCUCUUAAAGAAACUUUACCCCGACCAGGAUCUGAAACAAAUAAUUUGGUUGAAGGGUCUUUUGCACAUACAAAACAAAACCUUAAUGUUUGGACAUCAGUUGGGGAUAUGCCUAAUGAGCAAGGAAAGCAACUCUCUGCCUUGGGGGAUUCACCAUUGUGUAGAAAUGAAAUUAGUAGGAUAUCCUCUCCUUCUUCAUCGCCAUCUAUUCUAAUUCGAAGCGCUGCAGAGUGUGAUGAGGAGGAAACAUCUGCCAGCUUGAAUCAGAAUCCUAAAAGUAGCUCCAGAGCUCUAAACCCUUCUGAUUCUGUCAAGAAUUUCAAAAAAUUGCCAUCUCAAAGUGACGUGAUUGUCUCAACUUUUUCUGAUUCUGGCCUGUUCCCAACCAGCAAAGCAAACAAGUCGAAACUAUUUUCACCAAAGGAAAGAGAGAAAGAAUCCAAUUCUAACUUUGUAAGUGACAAUGAAGCUGAGAAUGAAUACACCUCUGCAUCCUCUUCACAUUCUCAGGAUGAUCUAAAUGAUAAGGAAGCUGUGGUUGAGGCUUCAAUAAAUUCAAAAAAUCUAAAGCUAGGGAUGAAGGUAAUAGCUAAGGUUCAUCAAAUUCGCGCACGGGGAAUAGUCCUUGACUUGGGUGAUGGAAUUCGUGGGAUGUAUCGGUUUGAGGCUGGUGGCAGGAGAGACUUUGAGGUUGGUGGUGAGUUGCGAGUCAAGUGUUCAAGUUUUACUAGCAAGGGAAUCCCCGUAAUGUCUAUGGUAGAAGAGGAAUAGUCUUAUAUUGGCUUAAUCCUGAGAAUAAUGUCUCAUGCAUGACAAUGAGCAACAACAGUGGCUUGAAGGAAUAUCAUGUACCAUAAGUGCAGGGAUGUUGAAAAUUUUGCUAGUAUUUUAUGGUGUGCAUGGGUCGAGGCAUGUGAUAUUCAAAUGACCUUGUGGUCAGUGCAGCUUUGGUUCGAAAAAAGCUUUUGCGACCUGGCUAGUCCGUUUAACCAUCAGGUUAGCUGGGUUCUCACUUGAAGUCUUGUUAUUACGAAGUAUGUUAGAACUUUGCCUAUAUGGACUGUCAUGAUUAUAAUUGGCCCAACAUGCACUCCAAAUUUUGAUUAGGUAAGCCAUGUAACUUCAUUGUAAAUUUUGUUUUCUAAUAAUUUUGUUAUGAAUAUUUUUUAUUAUCGUGAAAAGGGAAAAUGAAACAAUAUCUUGCAAUCCUA